AUGGCCAAACUCUCCAACAAACGCAUCCUCGUCAUAGGCGGCACAUCCGGGAUCGGUCUCGCCGUCGCCAAAGCAUCCCUCGAAACAUGCGCCAAAGUGACCAUCGCCUCCUCUUCACCGGAGCGCGUAACAUCCACCGUGGAAAGUCUGAAGGCCGAGUUCCCCCAUGCCUCGAUCACCGGCCACGCCUGCGACCUAUCCAGCGAGACGGUGGAAGCCGAGAUUGAAUCUCUCUUCGAGAAGGUCGGCACCGUCGACCACAUCGUAUAUACCGCGGGGGACAAGAUCGCAGCGACGCCCGUCGAAGAAAUCACACGCGAGAAAAUCAUUGCAGCAGGCCAGUUGCGCUUCAUUGCGCCGAUGCUCGUCACCGCAAAGGUCGCGAGUAGCAUGAAACGCAGCGAUCGAUCUCCGUAUCUCUCGCCCGGCCCCGACUCGUCCAUCACAUUGACUACAGGGACCGCCUGGGAACGUCCCGUCCCCUUCUGGACAAUCACGGCGUCGUACCUAGGCGGCGUGGGCAGUAUGGCGCGCAACCUGGCGCUCGAGUUGCGCCCUGUGCGCGUCAACGUCGUGAGUCCCGGGCUCGUCGACACUGAAUUGUGGGAUGCUCUCUUGUCGGAGGAGCAGAAAGGGGAGCUCUUCCAGGAGGUCAAGGCGAAGAAUCCCACGGGCAGAGUGGCUAGACCGGAGGAUGUCGCAGAGGCGUAUCUCUAUCUGAUGAGGGAUGUUAAUAUCACGGGCAGGAUUAUCAGUUCUGACUCGGGGGCGUCACUUGUGUAA